GUGGCGGCUAGUUAUCCUUCUUCCUCGGCGCCCACCCUCCUCCUGCCCUGCUCUGACCCCGCGACCCCUCGACCCUGGGCCCGGACGAUGAUGAAGCUCAAGUCGAACCAGACGCGGACCUACGACGGCGAUGGCUACAAGAAGCGGGCCGCGUGUUUGUGCUUCCGCAACGAGAGAGAGGAGGAGGUGCUGCUGGUGAGCAGUAGUCGUCAUCCAGAUAAAUGGAUUGUUCCUGGAGGAGGUAUGGAGCCUGAAGAGGAGCCAGGCGUGGCUGCUGUUCGGGAAGUGUGUGAAGAGGCUGGAGUGAAAGGGACAUUGGGAAGAUUGGUAGGCAUUUUCGAGAAUCAGGAAAGGAAGCACAGAACAUAUGUCUAUGUGCUUAUUGUCACAGAAGUAUUGGAAGACUGGGAGGACUCAGUUAAUAUUGGAAGGAAAAGGGAUUGGUUUAAAAUAGAAGAUGCCAUAAAAGUGCUGCAGAAUCACAAACCUGUGCAGGCCUCAUAUUUUGAAACCUUGAGGCAAGGCUGCCUGGCAAACAAUGGCACCCUGGUAAUGGGUACAACAUACUCGGUCACCAGUCAGAGCUCAGUGCCAGACAUCAGAUGACUGAAGACAUCUUCCCAAGAAAAACAGGAAUUGGAAAAUAGACUGAAAUCUGGAUCUCCUUCCUUCUCCCUGAUUCUCUUCCUCUCACCCCCUAUCCCUCUUCACAUGCCUCCUCUUUCAAACAAGGCAUGGGCAGCAGCCUAAAACAGAGGAAGUAUUCUUUGAUAAUGUUGCUGUUUGAUAUUAAGUGGAGCUUUUUUUUCUUUUUUCUUUUUCUAAAAAAAUCCUCUUUGGGGAGCUAAGGGUGGGGGAUGGGGUAUGUAUUUUGUAAAGUAUAUUUUGUGCAUGAUGUGUCCUUUCCCUUAGCACCACCUUUACCCUCUGAAGAGAGACAGGCAGCUUCUCCUCUGUUUUGCACUCCGAAGUGUUUCUAUCUGUUCAUUUCCCAUCCUGGCCAGACAUUUUCCUCUUUUUUUAAAAACAAAAGAUACUAAUGCAAGGCCAUCUUUUCCAGGAGUCUGUGCUGUUUAUACCUGCAGAUUGAUCAUGUUCAGUGCAUGGUGCAUUUAUAUACACAUUAUAUAUUGACAUAUAAUAUGUAAAUAAAUGAUUGUAGGAGGACAUGUUAAAGAGUCUAAUUUUGCCGAGUUUGUUUUGGGAGUGCUCCAAGAGAGGAGAAGAGUUUCUUAGGUAAUCUGCCUAGUAGGGUUAAUCUUACUUUUUUUUUUUUUUUUUUUUUUUUGGACAAUCCUAGACCAGUUUCCCUGUUCAUUCUUCUACUUUUCCACCCUUGGUCGUUUGCUAUGGCGACCUAAUAGGGAAAGAGUUGGAUGACCUUCUGACUGCUGGUGCUCACAACCUUCUCUUAUCUCAAUUGAAGUUGCUACUCUGUCAGAAGAAAAUACGAAGAAAACUUCUUUUUAUUACCCAGGCAGGAGGAACAAGUAGCCCCAGUCUAGAUUCAAUAAAAAGAGUGAUAAAAUUGAAUCUUAAUCUGCUGCAGUGACAGUGGGGAUUUGAACUGGAGCUUGUGGGAUUAAAAUCUACAAAGAACUGGAUUGGCCAAUGCCAGUUCUAUUCUGCCAGUUUUAAGUUCUUUCCAUAGCCCUACUUAUAGUUGAUGAUCUCUUUUUUUUUUGUCCAUAUGCCUUAUUGUGCUCAACUGGAUAUCGUAUUUGUGCUGAAGUAUCUGCCUGUACUUCCCCUUGUAGCCACAUAUGUUCCUCCUCUUCUGUGUUAUUAUGUCCCAAAAAAGAAGCAUAUAAGGGGAAAAUCCAUGGGCUCACUAUUGUGUUUGUGGCAUAGCAGCACUUAGAAUUUUAGCAUGAAGCAUGUUCAAAAUAUUGUCUCCUGCUGUGUGGAUAUGAAAGGUACAACUUCUACCCAGAAGUACUAGUGUAGAAGACUCUUAAUCAUUUAUUAGAAUAGCUAUAUAAUGUAUUGGCACACUUUAAACUCUUUUGUUUUAUUGAUAUUUCAUACUGUCUUUAUUUGCCAACUGUGUUGUUUAGUUGGGAAAUAAAAAGGAAAUGGUUGUGGGUUUGGGGGGAUGGGCAAAGGCAGGGCAUUAGUUAAUCCCUGGCUUGGGACAGGAGGUUGUUGCUAGGUUCUUAGUAGCAUCUCCUUUGUCAAAACAUAGCCAAGAUGUGAAAUGAAAUCUGCAGUACUUUUAUUUAAUAAUUCUAAUAAAUACUUAGACUUUCAAAAGGUUUUUUUCUUCCCUCCCACUAAUGGGGAACAAAUAAGUUGGAUAGACCUAUCAGUUUAGUGUUGACUCUGGAAUAGAAAGUAGCCAGUUUUAGAAGCUUGUCAAAGUUACACUUUGAACUACAGGGCCAAAAAGCAGUACUAGCAUUUUGUCAAAAGACAUUAAGCCCAUACUAAUAAAGUAGUUUUAAUAUCAGUGGUUUGAAAUAGAGCAUGACACUUUGAUUCUAAAUGUUGAACUCAAUUCUCCAUGUGACCAUUUAAAAAUGAAGAUUCCAUCUCUUUUUAAGAGGCUCAAUACACCAAGGUCCUGCCCAGAAAUGCCAAGAAAAAAAUCAAAUCGAGUCAUCCAAGAUCUAAGUGACAUCCCAAGAAGACAGCUAUCUACUGCUGCCUUUUGGAUCAAUUCUCUCUUUGCACUAUAGAUUUGCUGUUUUGAAAAUGCUGUGCAGGAAAACACUUGGGAUUCCUGAAAGAAGAACUGAAGUUUUGUUAUCAAUAGCAUUCAGUCCUUUUUUUAAGCAUGGGGAACCAAAAUAUAUAUAUAUAUAUAUAUUUCACAGCAUUUUGAAAAUAUUGUGCUGGUCUGUUAAAUUCACAAUGUAAGGAUAGAAUAUUGUUAAUGACUGCUGAUGGCUUUUCUUUUGUUUGGAUCAGGAAAAUUAAUUGUGCCAAGAAAGUAUCUUUAUGUGGCAUGAAUCAGUACUAUUAAUGCCCUUAGCAGGAGGGACUUAUUGAUAGACUCAACUAAAAAUUGGAAGCUUUAUCCACUAUCCAUAAUUAAAAUUAGUGUAUUGUUGUGCCAUGCUUGCAUUGAAUGAAGAUUUUGUUUUUCCUUUUUAUGUCACAAAUUCUAUUCCUGUCUUUUUAAGUAUGUAUUUACAGAUCUCUUGUGAUAGUACAGGUGUAUUGAUUUAAUAGAUGUAUGCUUUAACACAUAACCUCCUAGCUCCAUUUCUCCAAAGCAAAGAAACAAAACACAAAGCAUCCCACAUAAUAUUUAAGAACAUGCCCUCUUAAUUUUGCUCUUAUUUUUAGAGCCAUGUACAUUGUGUCUAUUAGUGAAUACCCUCUAGAAAAAAAUAAAAAUUGGUUGGCUCUUUUUCCCCUUCAAAAAAAUUUUUUUUAAUUUAUGGUCCUUUUUUCUCCUUGAAAGUUUGUAAAGAUUGCAGCCAUUUGGUAAAGCUUCUUAUUGAGUUCCAGUAGAACCAUCCCACCUUUCUUGGAGAGAAAGAAGCGAGGGAGUGUAUAUGUUGGUGUAUUUGAUAUAUCUAACAUGAAAGUGCAGUGAUUGAGUUUACUUUUCCAAAGUCAAGUGCCUGUACCCUGUUGUACAGGCCUAUUGAUCCUGUGAGAUCAAGCUUAUUGAAUCAAUCAAACGGAGAAACAGCAUAAACUUGACAUGCCAGGUUUUCCAAGAUUUCACAUUAGAGAUCACCUCACAUGUGCUACACGGUCCAAUAAUUAGAAUUGUACUCUCUGUGGCCCUCCUUCUCAACCCCACCUAGGAAACACCUUGAUGUAAAUAGCAUGAAUACAAAGUACUUUAGUAUGUUGCAGGAGCUUUGCAAUCCGGUUUCUACACAAUCAAGUUCCUCUACAAGAAGUUUUUUUCUUUUGAUGUUAGAAGUUGAUUAGUACCCCGUGCUAAAAUUUCUUACUCAGAUGAAAAGAAUAUUUUUGUCUCUGUGGCUUACAAGGAAAGGGGAAGGGGGAAGUUAUGUAAUGGGAGACUUUCUUCCUCUGUUUUUCAUCCUCUAGUAGAGUAGAGGUAGAAGCUCAAAGCUUCUUUUUACCUUUUUAAAUGAGAAGGCCAUUCAUUAAUAGGCAUCUUUUAGACCUAGUACGUAGUCUUUUCUAUGUUUAAAAAACCCCAAUAACUUCCAUUUAAUGCAUUGACGUCCCUAAAAAUGUCUUCUUAACAAUUUCCCCACUUACUUUUCCUUAAAAUCAAUUUAUGCUGAGCCAUAUUUACUUUUUCAAUUAAUAAAGAUUUCACUACCAUAAUGCACUCCUUACCUAGCACUAUGGUUCUCUAGUGUUCUUGAAGCCUGAGCUGAGAGUGUACUUAGUAUGUGCAAUAGAAUAUGUAAUAGUGUCACAAUUUUUCAGUAUGUGUAUAUGUGUGUGUUUGGGGGGAGAGGGCUGAAGACAUAGAAAUGUGAUAUAAUCAAUAAAGUCCUCUGCAUUUCAGAAAAUAACCUGCAUCAAGAAAAUAAGUUGGAGUGCAGGAUAAUUAACUCAAACAGUUGUAUUUGGAGAAUCUAGCUGUAGAAGGAAUUUUUUUUAAAGAUAGAGAAAUCAAGUGUUUUGUAGCUUUCCUUCUCUUUUUAAUCUCUAAAAAAAGCAAGCAGCUCACAUAGUUUUGUCGCUGCCUAACCAUAUUACCAUUCUGUUAAUUUAAACCACAUGGAGAUAAGACUUGCCCCACAGAAGUAUGUGAGGCUUGGAAAUUGUGGAAGGGAAAAUAUUCCAAGGUUGGGUUCUAAUGCUCUCAGACGAGCAGCAAGCAUAUGGACUAAGCUUCAUAAUAAAUUUGUGCAUGACCAGUUUAUUUCAUUGUGUGGUAAUGGAAAAAUCUAAGGGAAAUUAAGAGUCUUGUUUGGCAGUUACUGUUCUGAUAUUAAAAGUAGAAGCUCUUGGAAUCCAGAAAAGGCCUCUAAAGUCUUCCCUCUUCUGGGUGCCUUUUCUUAGAUGUCUGUCAUGAGAAAUGGUAGCAUACUCUGGGAUUGGGGGGAAAGAGAAUGCUCACUGUGCAUAUGUAUACUAUAUUUAAGUGAGAGAGAAAACUAUUGCUAGGUUGUUUCUGUCAAGGUCCAGUUGGUGGAAUCAAAAAUCUCAUUUCAGUCUCUAGACUGAAGGCCUUUAAUUCUAUCCAAACGGCCUUUCAGUGGUGCUUAAUUUUUGGCCAAAUGUGUUCAGUUCUCUCCCAUUUCUUCCCUCCUCCUUCCCCCUUCCCCCCUCUCCCCCCCCCCACCCCCCGCCCCCGAUUCAUCAUCUUUCUUUUCUUUUUUUAGCCCAGAACUUCCCUGGAGAUAUACAGAACUUGGACUUUUCACAUCUGGCAAAAAUCAUGUUUUUUUUCUCUUUGAGAAGGACCAAAUGCAAAACAUUGAUUCACCCCAUUCUAUUUUAAAGAAAAAAAUCUGUAGUGGCUUUAGGGCCAUUUAAUUGAUUUGCUUUGAAUUUCUAAAAAAAUGGAAUAAUUUUUAUGGGGCAGACUGGGAAGAUAAAUCAAUUAUUCUAUUUAAUACUGGAGACAGUUCUGCUAAAAAGAUUUUUUUAUGAUGGAAUACCUAGGCUACUGUCUUAUCAGUAAUCAGAUCUUAUUUUUUUUUUCUGAUUUGUUUUCAAUUUAAUGUAUGUUUAAUUACCUUAAAUAAUACAGUUGAGUAAGGUAAAUGUAAUUUCAAUGUAAUGUAAUUGCAAAACUUUUCAAAUAGGCUUUUAAUAUGCUAAUCGUAUCAAAUGCAGAGAUUAAAUCAGUUAAAACAACAAAACCUUAAGGAUUUUAAAAUCCUUAAUUUAAUCCUUAAUCCAAAAAUUUAAACCUUAAAUUUUUUGCUUAAGGAGCAAAAAUAUCAGCACAAACUACUAAUUGCUGAUUGUUACUAGACAUUAGCCAUGACAUUUAUUCUGUUCAGAAUAGUUCUUGAGUGCAACUAAGCAUUUAUCUAGGUUUUGAAUUCCAGACUUGUUGAUCUGAUCAUAAUCUCUAUAUAUACACCCAAAGCCAAGAAUGCUUAUCACAUCUUAAUAGUUUAACAUGUACUCAAAGUAUCAUUUAUUUGCCAGGUGUGUUUCUGACAACAAGUUAAGCAGAAUUAAGAAUUGGGCCAGGAAAGAAAGAUACUUGAGUCUCUUUGAAAGCUUCUGGAAUUUCUUUAAAGAAAACAAGUACUAAGACCUCAAACCAUACUAUUUUCUAAAGUCUGUUUCUCCCAGAACUCAGGAUGUACUAACAAUUUAUCCAAUGACAUUGUCCAUAAAUUCACACUGGAAAUAAUCCCAGUGGGAAUCUUCCUGAGCAAAGUAAGAUUGUGCUUGGAGCAACUUUGCCUUAAUUGAAAAUAUUUGCCUAAAAGGUGGAAUACUGAAGCUUUUCUUUUGCAGAAGACAUUUACUGGGAGUCAUGUAGUUCUGUCCAACUCAGUGUCCUACAAUUGUAUUCUCAUUGCUAAAUUGUGUACUUUGGGUUCAAAAGUAUCCUGGGUGUCCUGAGGAAUAUGUAGUGUUAAGCAUACUACAUUUUAUGGAAACAUUUGCUAACUUGAGUGAUGGGAGGGGAGGGGGGUCGACAAGCAAUUAGAGAUGGUUUAAGCAAUUUACGUCUUUAAGAACUAGAAAAUCUAUAUAUGUUAACAUAUUAAGUAACAUUGAAUCAUUCUUAGAAGAUCCUUAGCAAAGUAGAGACUUGAAGCAAAAAUUAGUUCUAGAUUUCCCUGAGGAAAAUGAAAAUUGAGAGCAAGUUAUCUUGUCAGUGGGCAAGAAGCCAGUGUUCUUGAGCUGGUACAUAAAUAACAAGGCCAAAGAAGGGAUGAGCAGCUGUUACUUGGGUGAAAGAAUCCAACUUUUUUGCCUUGCUCCACAUAUUGAGUGGAGCCCUUUUUAUACAAGGCUUUAAAAGAUGACUAAUCCUCUCAAAACUAAAGUAUUCAGUUUUUAUUUAACAUGAAAGUUUUCUUCUCCAUUCGGAGAAAAGGCUAUAUUGUCUUAGUCUAUGGAAUUUUAAAUCCUCAGAAUUUAUAUAAAUGUAUUAUGCUACAUUGUGUAGCAUAACACACUUUGUAGAUGAUUAAUUUCAGCUCCCACAGAGUGUAGUAAUUACAUGGAUUGUAUCAUUUAUUGGUAGAGAGAGGGUUUUAAAUGUUUGAAAUGGAAAGGAUUUGAAGUUUUAUAAAGCUAUAGGGUCCAUUUGAUAAGAUGUGAAAAUUUCAUAGCUGGUUUGUAGUCAAAAAAGUUCUGGACCCUCAUGUGUAUUUGGUGGGAGAUUUGCCUCUUAAGGUUUACUUUCUAUACCUGGGAGUAUUUGUAGGCUCUUGGUGUAUCGAUUUCCUAAGAUUAUCAAUUAGCUUGUCUUUAGAAAAAGAUGUCCUAGCUGUGUAGAUCAGAUUGCUUUUUGUUUGAGGAAGUGACUGAAAGUAUGUAAGGAUGUUGAAAACUUUUCAAAUAAAAAGUGAAUAUUCCUAUAUCAGAGCUGCAAAAAUGGCUUUAAAUAUCUUCAUGUCUUAUAUUACCAAUCAAUCCUUUAUUUCAGGUAUGCUGUCUUCUGUCACCAUUGAUGCCCUUUUGUAAAGGAUAAACAUGAAGCCAAAAGUCCAGCUGCAUUUGUUUUACCAGUAAUGGGUAGUGUCUCCAAACAGGUUCAAAUGUUUCCAAGAGAUCUCAGGUUGAGGCAAAGAAGCAAAACAUAUUGAAUCUCUCUUUUUUCAUCAUUGAUAUUAUGCUUUUCCCACAACACAUUUUUGGGGAAGGGGGCAUCCCACCUGUAGUUUGGGGACAAUUCCAACUAUCCUCAGGGCCAGAGAAUUCAUACAUCUCUUAGCUAAAGUUGUAUGUUUUGCAUUUGGGGGAAAAAACUGCUUAAAAUUCAAUCUCAAUUACCUCUUAAAGAGGAACAUGAAACAAGUGAUCUUAAGGAAGAGUUCAUUGGAUUGUGCAAGCAAAGGAACAACUGCAGUGCUCUUCAGAAGCCAAAGGACUAUAUACAUCAUACUCUAUUACUGAUCUGAUUAUUGGGAUGUUUUGAUUUUAACUCUUCCUUUCCUCCUGUCCUUCCCCAUUCAAACUUCCCAAAAUAACCUUUUCAUAAUGCAAAAAUUAGCUUUCUGAGGAUCCAUUUCUCUUGGCUUCCAUUUGUGGCAUGUUAACAGGACUUCUAAAAAGGAUGGUUUAAUUUCUCUUGCAAUGGGAACAAUUCUGAAGCUUGUAAUACAGAAAUGAAAGGAAUUGCAGGUUUGGCAUUUUUUUUUCCUAAAGGUUUUUUCAGACUUCAUUCCUCUUCUCCCCUUCCUUCCCCCUUGUCUUGGCUUUGUCCUUUGCUGGCAACAUUUGGGUUCAGUUCAAGAUAUAGAGAAAUGGAGCUAAAUAAGAAAAAUGAUGGUGAGUUUCAAGCUGUGAAUAGUGUGCAUAUACACACAUCCCCUUUCUGCCUAACAUAAUGAAGUAGACAUGUUUAAUAAUUGUCAGCAAUAGAAAGUAAUACCAUCCUUCCCAUCUAUAGUCUAGAUAAAGCUUUGAUGACAUCACUUAAAAUCUCCCACCCAUUUUUUUGAAUCUUGAUAUUAAUAUGUUUGUGUGCAGUUCCUUCAUAUGUUAGUUUCCUUCAACUAAAGUUUUGUGUGAGGGAAAAGCAUUGGAAUUAUAGGUUGUAAUCUUGUGCCAACAAAUAAACACUGGUAUUUCACAUUCA